GUAAUUGAUUCUCUGGUACAAAAAUGUCGAUUUUGAUCGAAAGAACGGAGAACUUGGCGAGUUGGGAUCAAAGGAUAUUUUGAAGAUUGAUUGUUGACCUAGGAGAACGAGUUUCUCUGCUUGAACGAAAAGGGCACAGCAGUGCAAGGAAAGUGCUUCUUGUCCCACUCCAAGGAGAUUGACCGCGCCAUGGGCUUUCCGACGGACACAUUUUACGAGGCCUUCCCCUGGGCCCGGAAAGUCCACACGUUGCUCAACCAGUGGACGAGCCACRUUCCGCCGCCGCCCCUCCCCGACCCCGGGACGAAGCGCAAGAUCCUCCUGAUCACCGCCCAUCCACUCCCGGAAAGCUUUUCCAUGGCGAUCGCCGGGACCGUCGAAGACACCGCGAGGAAGGAGGGGCACGAAGUGCAGCGGAUCGACCUCGGCCUUGAGCGGUUUUCCCCCUCUCUGACCGGGGACGAGCGGGCCGGCUACUUUCUGGACCGGGACCAAGAAACGAGAAAGACCCUGCCGCACCAGAUCCGGGGCUACAUCCGGAAGCUCCGGUGGUGCGACACCCUGUUUGUCGUCUAUCCCACCUGGUGGAUGGGCACCCCGGCAGUCCUCAAGGGAUUCUUCGACCGGACCCUCCGGCUCCACCACACCUGGGGCUUUCCCGAGGCAGCGUCGCCGGCGAGCAUCCUCCCGGCGGGCCUGGCUCCGGGAUUGACCAACAUCCGCAGGGUGGUGGGGAUUUCCACCUACGGGGCCUCCCGAGCGGCCGUCCUCGCGGCGGGGGACAACGGCCGGAGCAUGAUCUCGAGGCCCAUCACGGCCGUCUUUCACCCGGACUGCACGGUCCUCUGGCACGGGCUUUACGACAUGGAUUUCACUACCCUGCCCCAGCGGCAGGCCUUUCUCCGGGAGGUCGAAGCCACGGUGAGGGACCGGGUGUAGCAGGCGAGGCAAGCGGGUGGGCGGGCAAAAACGAGCGUUGGCAUUCAAAAACAAACCUCUGGUUAGCGU